UAUCCGGUUAAAUUAUCGGCCAUUAAACAAAAUGCAGGCUGCUCUUGGUCGUUGCGCUUUCAGAACUCUCCGUUCCGUACGCCCGACUGGGGUUAAUUUGCAGAAAUCUGCGGCUUGUCUACACACGACAUCAAAGGACAAUGCCACAGCUCCAGCCGGCCAACCAGCAGCCAAAGCCAUAGCCAAAGGAAAGAUAGUGGCAGUCAUUGGUGCUGUUGUUGAUGUACAGUUUGAUGAUGAGUUGCCCUCAAUUUUGAAUGCUCUUGAGGUUGAGAACAGGAAACCACGUCUAAUCUUGGAAGUCGCUCAACAUUUAGGCGAGAAGACAUGUAGGACAAUUGCAAUGGAUGGUACGGAAGGUCUCAUCAGAGGUCAGGUCUGCACAGACACUGGCGCUCCAAUCAGGAUUCCCGUGGGUCCUGAAACACUCGGACGUAUUAUCAACGUUAUUGGUGAGCCCAUCGAUGAGCGUGGUCCAGUCAAUGCCAAACACUUUGCAGAAAUUCACGCUGAUGCCCCCGAGUUUGUUGAGAUGAGUGUGGAACAGGAGAUCUUGGAAACUGGUAUCAAAGUUGUAGACAUGUUGGCUCCAUAUGCCAAGGGAGGAAAGAUUGGUUUGUUUGGUGGUGCUGGUGUAGGCAAGACAGUGUUGAUUAUGGAGUUGAUCAACAAUGUUGCCAAGGCUCAUGGUGGCUAUUCGGUGUUUGCCGGAGUAGGAGAGAGAACAAGAGAAGGAAAUGAUUUAUACCACGAGAUGAUCAUGUCCGGAGUCAUUGACCUCAAGGGUGACAAGUCAAAGGUGUCACUGGUGUAUGGUCAGAUGAAUGAGCCCCCAGGUGCCAGAGCUCGUGUUGCCCUGACAGGUUUGACAGUGGCUGAAUAUUUCAGAGAUAAAGAAGGCCAAGAUGUGCUGCUCUUCAUUGAUAACAUUUUCAGAUUCACUCAGGCUGGUUCAGAAGUAUCAGCUCUGUUGGGUCGUAUUCCAUCAGCUGUGGGUUACCAACCUACCCUGGCAACUGACAUGGGUACUAUGCAGGAGAGAAUCACCACAACCAAGAAGGGGUCCAUCACCUCUGUGCAGGCUAUCUAUGUACCUGCUGAUGAUUUGACUGACCCUGCCCCUGCCACAACAUUUGCCCACUUGGAUGCCACCACUGUACUCUCCAGAGGUAUUGCUGAGUUGGGUAUCUACCCAGCCGUCGAUCCUCUCGACUCAACUUCUCGUAUUCUCGAUCCUAACAUUGUCGGCCAGGAGCACUACAGUGUCGCUCGUGGUGUACAGAAGAUUCUACAGGACUACAAGUCCCUUCAGGAUAUUAUUGCCAUCUUGGGUAUGGAUGAGUUAUCUGAAGAUGAUAAACUGACAGUGGCACGAGCUCGUAAAAUCCAGAGGUUCCUCUCACAACCUUUCCAGGUGGCCGAGGUGUUCACUGGAUCAGAGGGUAAGUUGGUUCCAUUGAAGGAGUCCAUCAAGGGAUUCAAAAUGAUCCUUAAUGGUGAGAUGGAUCAUCUGCCUGAAGUUGCUUUCUACAUGGUUGGUCCAAUUGAAGAGGUCAUCCAGAAAGCUGAUAGGCUGGCUGAAGAAAGGAAGAAUAAGUAGAAGACAAAAGAUGACAAGAUAACUAAGAUUUUCAAUUCAGAACACUAUAUAUAUAUAGUAAAUUAAAAUAAAUUAUGAUAAUUUCCUCCUUGAAACUAACAAUGAGGUUGCCAUUAGAAACAUGUUUAUAAUUUGUAUCAUAGCCUACAUCACACUAUUUGAAAGAUGGUAUGAGGAUUGAGCCUGAAUGGUAAGAAUAAGAACUGGUAGAUAAUGGUCGGUGAUUGAGUUUAUUUAUGUUUAUUGUUUGUUUUAUAUGCUGAGUGUUAGAAUAAAGAUGUUGGAUCGAUUCCAAGUAUUGGUUGGAGAAUAAAAAAUUUAAAUUGAUUUUUAGUGCUGUCUGCAACAGGUUGUCUAGCAACGUCUUAAAUCCUGGUUAAACAUGUUAAAUACUGGUUAAAUGUUAUUUAUUACAGUAGAAACAUUGUAAAAAUUUAUACAAAAUAAUCUGUUUAGUCGAAAAGGCAAUAUUAGUAAAAUGGAAAUUUAUUAGUUGCUGAAA